CCUUAAUGAAUCUCGAAAGUUGAUCUGAUCGGGGGAUUGAAGCUGGCUGUGGAUACUUCUUUUUAAGUUUUUGCGGUGCAGGUGAAUGUACUACUACCUACUAGGAUAUGUGCCGGGGUUAUUGAGAAGUGAUGACGACGAACGACUUGAUCGAAGGAAUCGAUAAACAAAGCUUAUAAUAAUUCCCAAUCGACCCUACAACUUAUUAUAAGUAUCGCUUUGGAUUCAGAUCUCAGUCAACGGAAUGAAAGCUUGAGAACCUUUCUCUAACCAAUCAUCCAGCUCAGCAAAUAUAAUGUCCAAGACCAACAGCAACAACCUCAGCCGAUCACCAAAUACUAAGAAGGAUUGGACCGCCUCAUCCCUAAGUCCGGUCUCAAAGCUCCUAGGGAAUCGUCCGACCGUCGUCCAAAGCCUAGUUUCCAAAGUAGAAGCCAUCAGUUUCGAAGGUACCCCUCCAUCCGAUCAUCAUCACCAGCAUCAUCAACAACAUCAACAUCAUCAUCAGCAGCAGCCAAAUCUACCCGAUUCCUCAUCCUUGAGCCGACCAUCUUCUUCCCUACAUAGCCCAUCCCCUCAGGGUUCUCCUCCCUAUAGUCUCACCAGCUCACCCAACCUAAACGACAUCAACCCUCACUUGGAAGAAUUCGUCAGAGAGACUCCUACGAUCCGUCAACUCAAAACUUCUCUUCGCUCCCGAUUACAGACGGAUUCCGAUCGACAUCAGAAACGAUUCAGUGAGGAUUCCGGCAAAUCUGAUUCAACAGAUCAUCAUCCUCGUCAAGCUAUCCACACUUCACCCCACAAACUCGUCAAACCUACCUCCCUCCAACCGAUUUCACAAGACAUAUCCUUACCCCCCUCAAACAUCAAAUCAGCCCUGCCAUCUUCUUCAAGUAAUCUCCGACCGGCUAUUUCAUCAUCUCAAGAUCUAUCACCACAGACUACCACUGAAAUCUCAUCCUCUCAUCGCUCGUCAUCUAACCAUAGUCAUGGCAAAGACCCACUACAGACCAGUCUCGCAAACAAGUCUUGUGUCGCAAAAGAAGCUCAAGGAGACUAUAGUAAUCUCCUUUCCGUCAAUCAGCAAGAUUGUGACGUCAGUUUCGGGUCCAAUCCUAGUGCUACAGAGCGACCUAUCCAGUCCAGACAUUCCACACGUCGAUCAAAAACUUCAACCGAUCUGCCCGACCUUCGCCUUCCUCUGAUUAACUUCAACCUAUCACCCCCGACGAUAGCCCUCUGGUCUGUAGAAGCCUACAAUUGCGAACAGAGGACCACGUUUGCCGACCUUAUCGCACAUCUGAUCAUCUUACCACUCCACACAGCCUUGGCUAUCAUCAAUAAGUUGCCAGUUGUCGGCGGACAUCGUGACUUGAACCCACUCUCCUCUCAAGCCGAAAAAGAGGGACAAGGUAUCCUACUCACCGCCAGCCAAAUUGCUAUCGGUCUAGUCUUGGCAAGUGGAUGGAAAGUGAUUAGGAGAAUAUUGAAUUGAUAAUAAUCAUGAAUAUUAAUCAAAUCGUCUCGAUAUCCUGAUACAUUUCCCUCAAAUAGCUUGUCUCAUUCCUUCAGACAUUUUUUUCCCCUUCCCAGCCUUCCAUUAUGCAGUUAUUAAAAUUUCAUUGUCGUGCAGGCUCACUCGUCUCAUCAACCUGCCACCAGCAUUCAAAACGCGACCUUAGUCUUGUAUUUUUACGAAGUUUACAAUACUUCUAGGUGCUUAUACAUCUGUAUUCAUCAUCGCAUCUUUCUUUCUGAGGCUCCCGUAAUUCUUAGUUGUAGUCGCCAGGCUAUGCGCGUCUUGUACUUCUCUUCUGCCGUUUUCAUUGUACAUACAUGGUUCGUUAUCAUCAUCUUCCAUGGCUUAGCAAACAAGUUAUUAGCACCAGAGAUCAA